CUGAAAUUAUCACAAUAGGGAUGAAAUUUUUCCACCUUAUAUGUUCGUAGAGAUGUUAAUUAUACACAAAUCGUGCCUUCAACGUUAUGUUCACCACCCAUCAUUGAUUUUGGGCUCGUAUCUUCAUCAACACCAUUAACUAAAGAAAAAGAAGAGCUGCAAAAGCUAAGAUCAGCUCUCUCCUCAUGGGGAUGCUUCCAGGUAUGUACUUGACGAUUUUAUUUCAAUUUGUAAAUUUGUAGAUACCACUUUCACAAGCAUACCCUAUGAGCUUUUUUGGAAGGCAAUAAACCAUGGCACAUCAAGCACACUUUUGGACAAGGUUUGUGAAGUUGCAAGGGAAUUUUUUAAGCAGCCAAUGGAACAAAAGAAGAUAAUUUCAAAAGGGGUGAAAGAAUUUGAAGGGUAUGGUGCGGAUCCAGUUCCCGAAGAAGGUCAGUUUUUAGAUUGGUCAGAUUGUUUGUGCCUUGAUGUAUACCCUGAAAAUAGAAGGAAGUCAAGUUUGUGGCCAGAAAAUCCAUCAUCUUUUAGGAAAAUUGUGGAAGAAUACACAGCAAAGCUAAGAGAGGCAACAAAUCUUAUUUCUAGAGCUAUUGCUAAGUCAUUAGAUUUAGAAGAAAAUUGCUUCUUGAAUCAAUUUCGUGAACAAGCACUACUGCAAGUGAGGUUCAACUACUAUUCCUGCUGUGCACAACCUGAUAUUGUGCUCGGGCUUAAACCCCAUGCAGAUGGAUCAGGGUACACCAUUAUACUGCAAGAUGACGUUGAGGGCCUCCAUGUCCACCGUAAGGAUAAGUGGUUCACAGUUCCCACAAUUUCUCAUGCCCUGUUUGUAUUGAUGGGUGAUCAAACGGAGGUAUGUGUUAGUAACGGUGUUUUGUACAUCGACUAAAGAUAAUUAUAGAAUUGAGUUAAGGUUAAAGUAUAAUUUAUCAUACAUACACUCAAAUUAUAGUCUAUUCAGUGAAAACCUCACCUGAG